AUGCGUUCUAUAUUGUUUCGUGGUAUGGAUUCCGAAGAUAUGGACUACUUGCAAAAGGUUCACCGGCAUCUGACACGAGUCUCGUCCCCUACCGGUUGUCCUUGGUGCACAACCGGUCAGUGUGGUGUAUUUCUCAAGGAAUAUCUAUGCUGUCCAUCGGAUUUGGCUAACAUUAGAGCGUUCCCUUGGGUGGAACACCCUAUCAGCCUAAUCGCGGAACCAUCUGAAGCUUUGUCUUACAUCAGUGCACAGGGUCAUUUGGUCCAUUUUGAAAAACAUCAUCUACCGUUGAUCCCUCAAGUGCACAGAAACAAUCGACCACGUGAGAGUGACACUCACCACAUCGGUAAUAACUUGCUCAAUCGGUCCAUCCACACCCGUCGUGUACUUGGCUCUCCCGAGUCGCAUUUUGGCGUUUCCGACAGUGAAGAGGACAACAGACAUAGUCAACCACAUUCCCAUACGGGCUUGGUUAACCAUGACGCAUGCGAUAUGCAAUAUCAGUCAUGUUUGCACCGUGUCCGUUUACAGUGGCGCUGCAAAGUGGACCAGCAGUUGGAUGCCCUGGCCAGUUUGACAGCUCACUACUCGGAUGCAACU